CAGCCCAAUGCCUGGUGACUAAAAGCACAGAGGAUGGGGCGGGAUCCCAGCUGCUAAUAAUACCUUCUUAUCCAAUGAAAAACAUUUCCUAUUGAGACCCCCAAGAGUUCCCCCUGCCCACUGAUCCUGCAUAGAGAUUGGGCCUUUUCUUGCGUCCUGUUUCCUAAGGCAUGAUGGCUGCAACAUUCAGCAGUUUUUCUUCCCUAACAAAGGAAUGGAGAUAACUGCUAGUAGCCUCACAUUUUAAAGGAUGAACGACCAUCAGUAAACAGCUAGAGCAGGCAGAUUUUAUUGAUGGGAUUAAACAAACCUGCAUUUUAAAAAAAUGGAUAAGUCUAUGGACUGCCAGGGAGGAAUCUGAGAUCUGCUAACUAGGUAGCUGUCUGGAGGCAUGAUAUCUCUAGUCUAUAUCUCUUGGGAUGACAGGACAUCACAAAUAUGAGGCGCCAGAGCUUCAAGCCACAACAUUAGAAUUCUUAAGGAAGAGUGCUCUCAUUAACUUAUUUUAUGGAUGCCACUGAAUUCAGCUUUGAAGGGCUCCAAAAACACAUCACAGACCUGGAAUGGGAAACCACAGCAAUAAUCAUACCUGUUUGACAGAUGAUUCCUUUAAAUACAACCUGUAUGGGGCUGUAUACAGCGUGGUAUUCAUCCUUGGCUUGAUCACAAACUGUGCUUCUUUGUUUGUUUUCUGCUGUCGAAUGAAAAUGCGAAGCGAGACAACUAUUUUCAUGACAAACCUUGCCGUCUCUGACUUGCUCUUUGUAUUCACUUUGCCUUUUAAAAUAUUUUAUAAUUUCAACAGGCACUGGCCUUUUGGGGACACUCUGUGCAAGAUUUCGGGGACUGCAUUUCUCACCAACAUAUAUGGCAGUAUGCUGUUCCUCACCUGCAUUAGUGUCAACCGUUUUCUGGCUAUUGUCUACCCAUUCAGAUCUCGUACCAUUCGGACAAGGAGAAAUUCAGCCAUUGUGUGUGCAGGAGUCUGGAUACUAGUCCUCAGUGGAGGAAUUUUAGCCUCAUUGUUCUCCACAACCAAUGUCUCCAACACUAGCACAACCUGCUUUGAGGGUUUUUCCAAAAUUGUUUGGAAGACCUAUUUGUCUAAGAUCACUAUAUUUAUUGAAGUGGUAGGAUUCAUAAUUCCUUUGCUAAUCAACCUCACAUGCUCUUCACUGGUUCUGAGGACUCUCCGGAAACCUGCUACAUUAUCUCAGAUUGGGACAAACAAAGUGAAAGUACUAAAGAUGAUUAUUGUGCAUGUGGCCAUUUUUGUAGUAUGCUUUGUGCCCUACAAUUCCAUACUUUUCUUAUAUGCUCUUGUGCGCUCUCAAGCCAUAGCAAACUGCUCUUUGGAGAGAUUUGCUAGGACAAUGUACCCAAUCACAUUAUGCAUUGCAACAAUGAAUUGCUGCUUUGACCCCUUCAUUUACUACUUCACAUCAGAAUCUUUUCAAAAGUCUUUCAAUAUACACCCCCAAAUACAAAUGGAUUCCAUUUCCAAGACUGAAACACCUCUAACAAUGAAGACCGCACUGCCUGCAAUACAGGAGGAAGUGAAUGACCAGGCUAUUACAAAUGGAGGUGAUCCAACUGCUGAAUCACAUUUCUAAUGGCUUGUCUACAUACAGAGUUAUUCCUGAUUAAUUAUCCCUGAUUCACUUCCAGGGAUAAAAGUAGGCUGGUACGGGCUGAUAUGGUGUACCAGUAAGAAGCCGGUACCAGCCCAUAUGCAGCCGACCUUAAAGCGCUGCCAUGGCAGUGCUUUAAUGUCUCUGCCCCUUUUGCCCCCCGUCAGCAGCCCUGCUAGAAGGGACCCUAUCGGCAGGGCAGGCAAAAGAGGCAGCUGCCCCCGGGCGGGUGAUUUAAAAAGGCAUCAGUGGCCAGAGCCCCGAGCCCUUUU